CCAGUCAGUCUGACAAAGAUGGUUAACGUGCCAGCAGAGGGCAUGCAGGAGGUUCUCCCAACUAGGCUGACUUCAGUAUGACAGGUGGGAACAUGUGACCAGUGUUGGACUUCAACCCUUCAGCCUCACACACAACAGCCAACAUUUCCCUGCCGUCAACAAUGUGGCUCAGCGUCUUCAUCACCCUCGUCUUCAGCGUGGCAUCAGUGGCGUCAGUGUUCCUGGACCCAGAUGAAGCCCACCGUGUCCUGGUGCGCAUGAGGAGGUUCAACUCAGGCUGGCUGGAGGAGCUCCAGAUGGGUGAUUUGAAGAGGGAGUGUCUGGAGGAGAAGUGCACUUACGAGGAGGCAAGGGAGGUGUUUGAGCACACUGAGACCACGGACGAGUUCUGGAAGACGUACAGCAUUCCAGACUACUGUGAGUCCAACCCCUGCUUAAAUGGGGGAAGUUGCUCGGUCCAGACCGGGUCCUACACCUGCCUGUGCCCACAGCACUUCAGUGGCCUCGUCUGUGAGCUGGACGACCGCGCUAAGCCAGACUCCUGCCUGCUGGAGAAUGGAGGCUGUGAGCACUUCUGUGAUGAAGACCACUGGGGAGGAAGACUGAACUGCUCCUGUGCAGACGGCUACUUCUUGCACACUGAUGGCUGGAGCUGCCUUGCGGAGGAUGCAAUACCGUGUGGCGUGACGCCAGUCAUUGAGGAUUCAAGCAAAGCCGGACAGAAUGACCCUCGUGCAAGGAUUGUGGGUGGCAAUGAAUGUCCCAAAGGGGAAUGUCCCUGGCAGGUGUUGCUGCUCUAUAAAGGAAAAGGUUUCUGUGGAGGAGUCAUCUUAAAACCCACAUGGAUCCUCACAGCAUCCCAUUGCAUGGAGGAUGCCGAUGUCAGCUUUUUAAGCAUAGUUGCAGGUGAGCACAAUACGGAGGUGACGGAGGGAACAGAACAGGUCAUCCAGGUGGCUGAAAUCAUCAUGCACGAGCGCUAUGUAAAGACGACGGCUGACAACGAUAUUGCCCUGCUGCGACUCACUGCUCCCAUCGUGCUCACACCGUACGCCGUAGCAGCCUGCCUGCCCACAAAGUCUUUGGCUGAGCGUGAGCUGUGGGCCGUGAGCACGCACACGGUGAGCGGCUGGGGCCGCAGGGCUGAAAACGGCCCCACCUCGCACUUGCUGCGGCGUCUCAGGGUGCCUCGGAUUCGUACACAACAGUGCGUGGAGGAAAGUGGCGUGGCCCUCACGGACAACAUGUUUUGUGCCGGAUACAUCCAAGGCCAACAGGACUCCUGUAAAGGUGACAGCGGCGGGCCCCUGGUGACACAGUACAAGAAGACAACCUUCUUGCUCGGCAUUGUGAGCUGGGGGAAGGGCUGCGCCCGACCUGGACACUAUGGAAUCUACACGCGCAUUUCCAACUACCUGCAGUGGAUCCACAACCGCACAACACCGCAACAACCCACAAACAACACACAGCUACCCCCUGUACACUGAAAAGCUGAGC